AAAAAAAACCCCUUUUGUUAUGAAAUUUGGGUUAUUUGAAUGUUGGGUGAGAAGUAUAUUUUGAACUCAUUUUUUUUUUAAUUUGGAGAAUUAACCACUAAAAAUAUGAAUUUUGGAAAACCCAAUAGAACUGGUGCAUUGCCAAGAAGUACUGUACCAUUAUCUAAUGUUACCAUUCUGUUAGAAAACUUGUCUUCACAACAGAAUUUUCAAACAAUUGCCUUUAGGUUCUUUAGAGAACAAAGGAAUCCUCUUUCAUAUGCCUUGAAUUUAAUGCUCUGUACAAAAGGAUUGGCAAAAGGACAAUCUUUAUCUUUUUCUCGAUCCAUUAUGGAAGCUCUAAAGAAAUGGUGUAAUUUAAAUGACCUUUCGAAAUUCUUUACACGAGAACAAAAAAGUGAGGCCUUGGACAAAGUAUUGCAACUUGGUAAUGGAAGCUUAGUCGGUUUAGUUUGUGAAGUUUUGAAAAUUAAAGAGGAUUCUGAAUACUUUCGAGUAAUUGUUCAACAAUUGUUGCAUGAGCAAAGCUUUAAAGAAGCUUAUUACAUCAUCAUGGCCUUGGACUUAGAACAGUGCAUUCCUCUGAACGAAUUUGCAUUUCCCAUAUUUGUUUUGGACAAAGAUACCUGGCUCAAAGAUUAUCUUAACAAGCACAAAGAUUUACAACUAGCAUUCUUAAAAACCUUAGAUUCUGUUUGUCAAACUGGUGCAGAAAUACAGCAAUUUAUCAGGUCCUUCCGAGUUCAGCCUACAGUAAAAGGACAUGCUUUUGAACCAAAUCGUUUCCAGAAAAGACUAGCAAAUUUGGUUGAAUACUUCGAGUUUGAUUUGAGAGAGUUUCCAAAUUUGUGCCACAUUCGUUCUGCUAAUGCUGUGAAUUACUUAUUUAGGAAAAUGUUCACAGAAAAUUCCAUAGGCAUGGAAGCAUGGGAGGAACUAACAAAGCUUAUUGUUGCUGACAACACAUUGCUCCAAAAAGAACUUCUUAUUAAAUUAGUUUGUGUCAAUGAAACCUCUCUUGCUUUGAAAUUUGCUAGAGAUUUCGGGCUGAAGGAAGAGAAUUGGCCAGACGUUUUACAUAUAAAUGCUAUGUCUCUUUCAGAAGAUACGAAUUCCAAUGAGCUAAAGAAUUCAACUGAUGAUUCUCAAUCUUACCUUACCUUAAGGCUUUUACAUUCUGAUAUUCACAUUAUUGAUACAAAGGAAACAUUCUUACAAGCCAUCAGUGAUAUAUCAGAGAAUUAUGAUACUGUUGGUAUUGAUGCAGAAUGGAGGCCUAAUCUUGGUAUUAACUCAGAAAAGUUAUCCCUUCUUCAACUUGCAGUAUGGGAUUUUGCUUAUUUGAUGGAUAUUUUAAAAUUACAGGAAUGCCUUAAGCAGUGUGAUUGGGAACAAAUGAUGGAGAGAAUAUUUUGUAGCAAAGAUAUUUUGAAAUUAGGAUAUGGAGUUGAUGGUGAUUUACAUAAACUCACGAAACUGAUUCAAAUGGAGAAGGCUCAAUAUAAACAGUUCCAUCGAUUAGUUGAUCUUGGAAGUUUUUGUAAAAAGGCCUCAUCUUUAUAUCCUCAAGCCUUUGCUGAUUUUUCAAUGAGUGAAAAAAGUGAAGAGAGUGAUGUUGAUGACCUUUGUGCUGUUGAGUCAAAAGGGCUGAGCCAGCUGUGUUAUAAUAUGCUGGGAAGGCCCCUCAACAAAAAUGAGCAAUUUUCAGAUUGGGAAAAGAGGCCCCUCAGGCUCAGCCAGAAAGUUUAUGCCGCUUUAGAUGCAUAUUGCCUUCUCCUCAUUUAUGAGAAAUUGUUCCAUGCAUUUCAAAGGGAGCACCUGAGUUUCGAUGAAGUGCUAGAAUCUUGUUUGUCGCAUGUACCCAAGAAGAAAGCCAGUAAAAAGAAAAAAUCUAAACAAGUGGUGCAUUCCCCAAAACCAGUCUCGGAUUUCAGAGCGGUGGCCGAUAACAUGGCCCAAGGUGUUGGAAGGUAUCUUCGACUCUUCGGCGCAGAUGUCAUCUUUCUCACAAACGAUGAUGAUCAUAUGCAAGCUGUAAAAAUUGCUCAAGCUGAAGACAGAGUCAUUUUGACAUCUGGAAGAGCAUAUGAAAAGCUAAGGGGCUACAUGCCAGAGGGUAUGUGCUUCUCUGUGCCAAAUGAAGUCAACGCAAAGAAACAAGCUGCAAUUGUGUUAAAGCACUUUAAUGUUCAAUGUAAUGAAUCGGAUCUAUUUUCACGUUGCUCGGUAUGUAAUGGAAAUGAGUAUCAGAGCAUUGCCAGUGAUAAGCUCUACUCGAUGCGGACUGCAGCAAUGCAGAAUGGCUCCUCCAUCUCAAACGAUACAUCCUACAGUGGAGCUCCGAUUCAAUUCUCUGCUCUGUCUGAACAAGUGUUUGAACGAGUGAAGACAUUUCUUAUCUGUGUUAACUGUGGAAAGGUGUACUGGGAAGGUAGCCAUUAUUCUCGCACAAAAGAGCAUUUGUCCGAACUCAUAAAUUUGGGAGAAAGCUCCCAAGGGAAUAUUUGUGAAAUCUUAGAAGAAUCGAAGUCUGAUAAGGGUACUCCUGUUUGCAGCUCAUCUGAAGAAAUAAUAACAAAGGAUGAAAUUGAAGCAACACAUAGUUCUUCAGCAAGGACUAUAAUGCAUUUUGAAGAAUAUUCAUCGGAGGAUGACAUUGACGAUAUAGUAUUUUGUUAAAAAUUACUAUAUUUUAAAAAUUGUUCUUAAUUUAUAAUAAAAUGAUGUAUAUAUUCUAUAUUAGUUGUCUUCACAUACAUAGAAAGCUUCACAUUCUAACAAUGUGACUGAAAGACCUGGAAAAUUCAGGGAAAUUUUUUUAAACCACACGUGUAUGAACCCUGUGAAAAUUUCUGGAUAUUGAAUGCAAAAUAAGCAAAUUGGAAGUUGCUAAACAUUAAAAAAUAAAGCCAAAUCAAUAUAGAUAGUAUCAGGGGUCUGGCCAGAGGAUAUUUGGGUCCGUUAACGGACCCUUCACAAAAAUCCGAUCAACCAAAACGGACCUUUCACAAAAUCCCGAUAAACAAGAUCGGAUCUUUCACAAAUUGU